AUGGCGACCACGACCAUAUCCUCGCCACAGCGGAAGCGCAUUCUGAAAGUGCUAUUUGUCUCUCUUCUUCUAGACCUGAUAUCCUUCACCUUCAUCCUGCCUCUCUAUCCCUCCCUCAUCAGCUUCUACCUCCAACGCGAUCCUUCGCCCACGUCUCUCCUGAACCGGAUCCUUCACUACCUAAACGCCUACAAGAAUGCCUUUGCGAGGCCCAUCGAUUCCAAGUAUGACGUGGUCCUCCUGGGCGGAGCUCUCGGCUCUCUCUUUUCCUUCCUUCAAGCCAUCGCAGCACCGUUUAUCGGGUACAUUUCUGACAAGAAAGGGCGCCGGACCGCUCUGCUCUGGUCGAUGAUGGGUAAUAUCGCCAGCGUUGCUUUGUGGGUCGCCGCGACGGAUUUCAGGACGUUUCUCGGGAGUCGAAUCGUCGGUGGGCUGAGUGAGGGAAAUGUGCAGAUUGCGAAUGCGAUUGCUACGGAUAUCAGUGAUGAGAGUCAGAGGGGGGGCACGAUGGCGCUGGUUGGAGCUUGCUUCAGCAUCGCCUUUACGUUUGGGCCGGCAAUUGGGGCGGCGUUGGCGAAUGUUACGGGGGUCGCGGAGAAUCCGUUUGGUGUUGCGGCGGGAUGUUCGCUUCUCCUGAUCCUGAUAGAGACGGUUUAUAUUUAUGUCUACUUGCCAGAAACGCAUCCACGGUAUUCGAGGUUGGCGGAGGACCAGCCCUCUACGGAGAAACGGACGGCAGCACAGGUUUCCGAGCAACCCCAGGAAGACGACAAAAAGCCAGCGUCAAGUCCACCCCGAAAGCACACAAACAACCCAUCCCUCCUUAACAUAACGCACUUUCUCUUCCUCCUCCCUUUCUCCGGCCUCGAAUACUCUCUACCCUUCCUCACCGCAACACUCUACUCCCAAAUCUCGCCCUCUCACUCAACCACAAGCCCCUCGGCCCUAAACGGCCGCCUCCUUUCCGUCAUGGGCCUCCUCUCCUCUAUCCUCCAAGGCUCAAUAAUCCGCCGCCUCCCACCCCUGCUCACCAUCCGCAUUGGCGUGCUAGCAUGCACGCUUUCCUUUUUCUUCCUGGCGCGUAUAUCUACUCUUUCCGGGCUGUACGCCGCCAGUUGCUUGCUGGCUGUGACCAGCGCCACGGUGGUCACUGGGCUGAAUAGCCUGGGUAGCCUCGAGGCCGGUGAGGGCGAGAGAGGGGUGUUCUUGGGCCGGCUGAGGAGUUGGGGACAGGCGGGAAGAGCGACGGGGCCUAUACUAUUCUGCACCCUGUUUUGGUGGGGCGGUAGGGAGGUCGCAUAUAAUGUUGGCUGUGCGGCCAUGAUGGGUGUUUGCGCGAUCGUGUUUGGGGCAUUGAGGUCGCCGGUGCGCCCGAAAGUGGCCAAAAAGUGA